GGUACUGGGACAGAUGCUGUUUGUGUUUCAAAGUUGUUGCUUCUAUCGAGCAUUGAAGUGAGAAAUAUGGGUUUUAAAUGUGUGAAACUGCUUUUUUGUAUUGUUUGUGUGGUGCAGUCUGCUGUGGAGGAGAGCUCUACAAAAAAGAAAAAUGGGAAAAAAGCCUCAAAUUCGGCAAACAAUGCUGCUAUCGAGGAGCUGAAGAAACAGAUUGAUGAGAUUUUACAGGAUCUGAACCUGAUAAAGGAACAUCAAGCUUUGCAAACAGUUUGCCUGAAAGGUACCAAGAUCCCAGGCAAAUGUUUUCUAGCUGACCCAAUAAAGAAGAACUUUCACACAGCAAAUGAUGACUGCAUUGCAAAAGGUGGAACACUUAGCAGCCCUCUCUCUGGUGAUGAGAAUGACCAGUUGUACGCGUACGUUCGCCAGACCAUCGGUCCAGAAGAGCAGAUCUGGUUGGCUAUCAAUGACAUUUUAAAGGAGGGGGAAUGGAUGGACCAAACAAGCUCCACCAUACGCUUCAAGAACUGGGAAUCAGAAAUCACCCAUCAGCCUGAUGGUGGCCGCAGUCAGAACUGUGCAAUUCUUUCCAGCAAUGCAAAUGGCAAGUGGUUUGAUGAGUCCUGUCGUGCUGAAAAGGCAUCUGUCUGCCAGUUUAACAUAGUCUGAGCAACUUGUGGAGCAACAGGCUUCAGAAAGAUAUUUUGUCACCACUAAGAAAUGUUUUAUCAGUAUUUGUGCAUUGAACAUAAAUAACAUGUAAUCCUUUUUGCUGCAUUUAUAUACUGUAUAUAACUCACAUAUAUCAUAAGGUGAACACCAAAGGAUCAUGGAUGUUUGUUAUGGAAGUUGUCGUUGAUCAGUAAUCAAUAAUCAGUCAUUUAAACAUUUCUUUAAAAAAAAGGCAUGAUUCACACAAGUGUUGGUCAUUAAUGAAGACUUGGCCUGAAAACCAUGCAAGUACAUAUUCACAUUCAGUGCAUCUAAAGUACUCUUAAUUAUUUGGUUCUGCAUUUUUUCUGUAAUUAUGACCCCCAAUAAAAGUUUUUUAUACCUUU